UAACGAGGAGAGAGAAAGAAAGAUAGAGAGAGAGAGAUAUAGAGGAGAUUUCGCAGAAGGUUCGGAGGUGUGACUGGUGACUUGCCAGACAGAGCGUAGUUGCCGGCCAUCGAACGCGAACAGGAAAUGAUUUGAUUUGAAUGGUGUGCUAUCACAUCGUCGUUCUCAUUUCUGAGUUUGGUCUUCUGCUUCUUCUUCCUUACUCAUCAUCACAUCUACAUCCCUAGAUUUGACCCUAAGCUCUGCAGCUCAGUUCUGUCAUCCUUUCGUAUCUUGCUGGAUCUGUGCUAUCAUCUUCUCUGCUUUGCAGAUGGGUUCGCUCGAGGAAAAGAUAGAGCGCGAUCCUUUCGACAACCUUAACGAUGACGACGACCACACUCCCUUCGCUUCUUCCACAUCCGCCUCCAAAGUCCGCCCCUUCAAUUUCGAGACCACCGUUGUCGAUUUACGGAGCUCCUCCGCCUUCAACAUUAGACGCAUCAGCAGGAGUAUAUAUUUCGUCUUAAUUAAGGCCAAGAUCAACAUCUUGCUUCCGUUUGGUCCUUUCGCUAUUCUACUGCAUUAUCUCACCGGACACCAAGGAUGGGUCUUCUUCUUCACGUUAUUGGGCAUUACUCCUUUGGCCGAACGUCUCGGUUAUACCACCGAGCAGCUUGCCUUCUUUACGGGACCAACAGUUGGGGGUCUGCUUAAUGCCACAUUUGGCAAUGCAACUGAAAUGAUUAUAUCCAUUUACGCAUUGAAAAGCAAUAUGAUAAGGGUUGUGCAGCAAUCUUUACUCGGUUCUAUCCUGUCAAAUAUGCUUCUGGUUCUUGGCUGUGCUUUCUUUACUGGUGGCAUUGCCCACUACAAAAAAGUACAGGUUUUUGAUAAGGCAGCUGCCAUUGUCAAUUCUGGGUUACUCUUGAUGGCUGUAAUGGGAAUUCUGUUUCCUGCUGUGCUUUACUUUACUCACUCAGAAGUUCAUGAAGGGAAGUCAGUGUUGUCUCUAUCAAGAUUUAGCAGCUGCAUAAUGCUGCUGGCAUAUGCAAGCUACCUUUUCUUUCAACUUAGAAGUCAGCAAAAUGUUUAUACUCCAGUUAAUGAGGAAGGAGAUGAUGGUGAAAAUUCUGAUGAGGAAGAAGAACUUGAAUUAACUCAAUGGGAGGCAAUAGCCUGGCUUGCUAUUUUGACAGCAUGGAUGUCUAUAUUGUCUGGAUACCUCGUAGAUACCAUAGAGGGUGCAUCUAAGUCAUUAAAUAUGUCAAUGGCUUUUAUUUCUGUCAUCUUGCUUCCAAUUGUUGGCAACGCUGCAGAACAUGCCAGUGCCAUCAUGUUUGCCGUAAAGGACAAGCUUGAUAUUACUAUUGGAGUUGCUAUAGGAUCGUCUACACAGAUAUCUAUGUUUGUGAUCCCCUUCUGUGUAGUUGUUGGAUGGUGCAUGGGAAAAGAAAUGGACUUGAAUUUUCAACUCUUUGAGACUGCCACGCUUUUUAUCACCGUGUUGGUAGUUGCAUUUAUGAUGCAGGAAGGAACCUCAAAUUAUUUUAAAGGCUUGAUGCUUGUGCUGUGCUAUCUUAUAGUUGCUGCCAGUUUUUUUGUACAUGAUGACCCUAUUAAAAGUGGUAAUGACUAAAUAUUUAGAGUAGGUGUGGUACUUGUCAAUGUUCCACUUUCUGUACCAAAAACGUAGGAAGCAUGGAUUUCGGAAGGGUUCAAGAAAACCUUCGACCUGCUUUCAACAUGACCUGGAAACCCGCGAAGUGACCACGAGCAAUUUGUUGUACUGGAAAUUUUCAGCCUUGUAUUAUAUAUUGAAUUUUGAAAGUAUGUUACCUGUAUUAUUUUCAUAGUUUUAAUUCAUUCACCAUAAAAUCUUUGUAGCGUGUGGGCCUUCAUAUCUCCAAUGAAUCACGUUGAAAGUAACCGAUCACUGUUAAGCUUUCUUUCA